AUGAGUCACUGGACGGAAGAGGAGCGCAAUGAGGCUCUUCGACGCCGAAUGGAAGGAGCGCCCCUGAUGCAAGGAGCUCCUUCUCUGAAUUCCCUCAAGUUCGUGAGCAAAGGAGAAGCUGUGGUAGUAGGAGGCGAAGUUCAGGAUGACUUUCUACCGGCUGAUUCCUUCGGUGGUUCAAAGGAAGGCUACAUUUUCAAGAAAGGAAGUCAUGGCCUCGGAUACUACCUCGAUCGAGGGCCCAAUCAGAACAUCGAGGAAGGAGAAACAAGUAGUAGCUAUGACAUCGAGAAGCAUGCUCGAGGUUUGAAAGAACCAGAGAGAGAGCAGCGACCGGGAGAAGGACGGGUGGGUGCUCUGGGAGACCUGCUAGCAGAGAACAAAGCGAAGAAACAAGAAGAGUUUGAAAAGAUCAUACAUGAUAAUAGAUUCUGCCCUCCAAAAGCAUUGGAUGAUGAUGAAAUAGAGGAAGAGCGAAGAACACAGAGAGAAUUCAGAAUUGAACAGGCAGAACAGAAGGCUGAGAAAGAUUCUUCGAUUGAUUUAGCAAAGAUCAUGGGUCAGGUGUAG